GGUGAGGAGGAGGGAGGAGGAACGGGUAGGAGGAGUUGUGAUCGCCAUGGGAAAGUGAGAGAAUAAAUAGGAGAGUGAGGCCCUUGGUUCGUCAGUAGUAGUCUCGCAGCCUCCCUUCGUCAGCCAUGUACAAGCUCGCCCUCCUUUUCUUCGUCGGUGUGGCCUCCGCCCAGUUCACCUGCCCAGGUGACGAUGGCUUCUACCCAGACAACCGUCAGUGCGACAAGUAUUAUGACUGCUACCGUGGUAGCAUGACUGAAAAGCUCUGCCCUGAUGGUCUCGUAUUCGACUACACUCUCUCCCCCGGAGUCGAGCAGUGCAACUACCCCUUCAUCGUAGAGUGCCCCGAAGGAGCCGCUCUCCAGCCCGCCCAGCCAGCAGGCAUUGAGUGCCCCCGCCAGAACGGUUACUUCGAGCACGAAGACCCCUCCAACUGCGAACAGUACUAUGAGUGCACCGGAGGUGUCCCAGUCACCCGCUCCUGCGCCACCGGCCUUGUCUUCGAUGAGUUCUCCGGCACCUGCCAGUGGGCCCACACCGGAAUCCGUACCGGAUGCGGCCAGCGCGUCGAAGUUCUCGCCGACGGCUUCGUCUGCCCCAACAAAUCCCAGGUCGCCACCAACGGGCAGGAACUCGACCACGCCCGCUACGUGAAACCCGAUGACUGCCGCUUCUUCUACAUCUGCUACGAAGGCAAAUACCCACGUGAGGUCGGAUGCCCCCAGGGCACCGUCUUCAACGACGUCACCCUCAUCUGUGACGCCCCUGAGAACGUACCAGGCUGCGAAAACUAUUACCCCAACGAACCCCUCACCCCCUUGAAGGCUGCUGGAUUGGGUCUAUAAAUCAACGCUCGAUCUGACUCAGAAUAAAAAUAAAAACCAGUAGAGCGCAGAAACAAAUGAAAAUAAUUAAAAAUCCCCAAUCGAGCAAGAACAGCAACAAUGACAAUUUACGGAAUCCGACGCAAAUCUCUAACGUGUGUUUUCUUCUCUUUCCAGCGAAAACUAUUACCCCAACGAACCCCUCACCGGCCUGAAGGCCGCUGGAUUGGGUCUAUAAAUCAACGCUCGAUCUGACUCAGAAAAAAACCAAUAGAGCGCAGAAACAAAACAAAAAAAAACAAUCAAGCAAGAACAGCAACAAUGACAAUUAACGGAGCCUGCGACAAUCUACCAGCAAUUUUUUUUUUUUUAAUUCUCUAUUGUUAUCCCCAGUAUUAUAAUCCAAGGUGAUGUUGUUCGCCUUUCGAGCGUCUGAUAGAAACAAAAGAGAAACGGAUGAAGGCUUUUCUCGCCGGAGAAUUUGAAAAGAAGACAACACAAAUCGAAGAACGAAGUCGAAGGAAUAGUAUGCAUUUAAGAAGCCACAGAGAAAAGGAGAAGACAAUUUCUUUAUUCAUUAUUAUUUCGUUUGUAUAAUCAUCUGCUUGCAAGACUUUCUCUAGUCGCUUUGAAACACCUUCCUGUAGAUUGUACGUGUACCUAUGUGUUUAUUUUUUCCAUUUAAGUCUCCCACUUUUUAAUUUUUAAAACUAUCAUUGUACAGUUUUUGGACCCAAUUUGAUUAUUAUUUUUUUUAAUGAUCCCCCCCAUAUCACACGGUUAAGUGUUCACUCCUCACAUCUUCACGUUUCUUCAUUUCUUUGUUUCUUCUACGUCCUACGUUUUCCCUUUCAUAUAAUAUUUUCCCCUCUCUCUUUCCGCCUGUUGUAUAGAUCAUGCCAUGUUGUGAAUAUUUCUUCUCUUCUCCUUUCCUUUAUUCUCUCUUCGCCUCUCCCUCUUUUAUCUCCCUUUCUCUAGAGUUCCCCCCUUGCCAUCCCUUGACUCUUUUGUUCUAUUGUUAAUUUAUAUAUCGCACUCCAACACUUGUUGCGUGCUCACAAAAUAUUAAAAAAAGAACAAACACCGUU